AUGCUUGAGGCAAAAUCCUUGUUGAAUAUCCUCAAACAGGAAGUCAGAAUCGACUCCAACAAGGCGAAUGAAUUCCUGUCCAGCUCUCGCCCGAGACGCAGCGCCGAUCCUCGCUGGCACAGGCAAAGUCCAGACUUCCAGGCGUAUUACAGAUACUACAGCAGCAUCGGACACACGGAGGGCCUGUACGAGGUCGACAGGAUCCGCAUGCUGUACCAGCAGAUGAGACACCUGGAGCAGGUCUAUGGCCCCAACGCCUCGUACUACCAGAGCAAACUAGGGGUUCCUCACCUGCCUCCGCUUCCCAAAUGUGACCCUGCCAAAGACAAGAGCUGCAAGCCAGCUCCGCCCCCAGCCCCACCCCCAGCUGCAGUCAAAGCCCACGUGACUCCGCCCAUCACUCAGGCUGAUGUUAUCUAUCUGUGCAACAGUAAAGACCCCCAGUGCAAGCCGCACAUCGUGUACAUGCCGAGCGGAGCCGUGCCGGUGCUGUGUGACCCGCGCUAUCACCCCACCUGCAAGCUGGAAGGCCCCACCCCCUCUCCCGCCCCCUCCAAGAAAUACGAUCCGGCCCCGCCCCCUCCACCGGCCCCCAUCGUCUUCAAGGGAAUGGAGUACGACUGCGACCCUUACUGGGACCCUGACUGCCUGAUCGACCGGCCGCCACGGCCCAUGAAGGGUAAAGCCCCCCCGCCGCCGCCCGAGACAGACGAGGACACGCCGGAGCCGCUGGGGGGCGUCAGUAAGAAAUAUCCACAACCGUAUUACGGCCACCUUUAUCCCUACAACUACGGCUCUGAGCUCUACGACCCGCUCCGACACCAGUACCCCGCGGCCGAGACGCCAGACAGCGCAUAGAGCUUCUGAAUUCAUUGUGAUUCAUUAUGAUUGAUGUUAAGAAAGUUGAAUAAAAUAUGGAGUAGUUUUCA